GCCGCCAGGUCGGCAACUUUGUCGGGCGCUCCCAGCGGCGCUCGGCUUCCUCCUGUAGUAGUUGGGCGCAGGCCCCGCCUCCCGGCCGUGUUGUCAAACGGGCGGGGGUCUCGGAUUGGUCCAGCCGCCGGGACAACACCUGCUCGACUCCUUCAUUCAAGUGACACCAGAGCUUCCAGGGAUAUUUGAGGCACCAUCCCUGCCACUGCUGGGCACUCGCGGCGCUGCUAACGGCCUGGUCACAUGCUCUCCGGAGAGCUACGGGAGGGCGCUGGGUAACCUCUAUCCGAGCCGCGGCCGCGAGGAGGGAAAAGGCAAGCGAGGAGGAAGAGUGGGAGGAGGAGAGGAAGCGGCGAAGAAGGAGGAAGAGCAGGAAGGGAGCACAAAGAAUCCAGGUCUCCGGGCGGGAGGUUUACACCAAGAACCAUGUGUGUCGAGCGGCUGGGGCAGUUCGUGACCCUGGCUUUGGUGUUGGCCACCUUCGACCUGGCGCGAGGGACCGACGCUACCAACCCGCCCGAAGGUCCCCAAGACAGGGGCUCUCAGCAGAAAGGCCGUCUGUCCUUGCAGAACACAGCGGAAAUCCAGCACUGUCUGGUCAACGCUGGCGAUGUGGGGUGUGGCGUGUUUGAAUGUUUCGAGAACAACUCUUGUGAGAUUCGGGGCUUACAUGGGAUUUGCAUGACUUUUCUGCACAACGCUGGAAAAUUUGAUGCCCAGGGCAAGUCAUUCAUCAAAGAUGCCUUGAAGUGUAAGGCUCACGCUCUGCGGCACAGAUUCAGCUGCAUAAGCCGGAAAUGUCCAGCCAUCAAGGAGAUGGUGUUCCAGCUACAGCGGGAGUGCUACCUCAAACACGACCUGUGCUCUGCCGCCCAGGAGAACACGCAGGUGAUGGUGGAGAUGAUUCACUUCAAGGACUUACUGCUGCACGAACCUUACGUGGACCUGGCGAACCUGCUGCUGACCUGCGGCGAGGAGGUGAAGGAGGCCAUCACCCACAGCGUGCAGGCUCAGUGCGAGCAGAGCUGGGGCAGCCUGUGCUCCAUCUUGAGCUUCUGCACCUCGGCCAUCCAGAGGCCCCCCACGGUGCCUCCUGAGCGCCAGCUCCAGGGGGACAGAGCCAAGCCUUCCAGGGCCCACCACGGGGAAGCGAGUCACCACCUCUCGGAGCCCAGCAGUCGAGAGACAGGCCGAGGCGCCAAGGGCGAGCGAGGUAGCAAGAGCCAUCCACACGCCCACGCCCGGGGCAGAGCGGCCGGCCACGGGGCCCAGGGAACUUCUGGAAGCAGCGAGUGGGAGGAUGACCAGUCCGAGUAUUCCGACAUCCGGAGGUGAAAUGAAAGGCCCGGCCGGGAAGUCUUUCCUCCAUGCCGUCCAUUUUCUUCUCUAUGGACAUUCCAAAACAUUUGCCAUUAAAGAGGGGGGAUGUCACACGCAGGAUUUGAUGGGGAUUGCGGACUUGACGAAGGUGUAUGUUAGCGACACGAACAGGUGAGGCAGAGGCUCCCUGGGCAGCAGCGAGGGCUCGGUUGUGCCCGGCGGGUCCCACCCCUGCACAUCCUAACGUGAGGGAGCUCCCGGCCUCCCUGCAACUUUGCCUUCUUUCCAUCCGUGGAGCCUCUGGGCGGCGGCCUGCGGUUUACUCUGCUGUGGGAGGUGACGGGGAGGGGCGGGGGUCAGCAGGCUCCCCGGGGGCUGGACUGGGCACUUGGUGCCGGCCCGCCCGCAGCUUCUGGUGCUGCCUUGGCGGAGGGCAGCAGGAAUGGGUGUGAACAUCUCCCUGGGAAUCAGGAGAAGGGUGCAGAGGAAGCAGGGGGCUGUGUGGGUACUUGGUGCCAAACCGAAAUCCAGUUUCUUGCAUGGGACCUUGCGGUUUGGAGUGACUUGGGACGGGGAGGGCGAGGGUUCAAAGUGUAAUUUCUGAGCCAUUGUUCUGUCUGGGGACCCUGUCCGAGGGAGUGGCCCCUAUGUGUUUGCAUUUUAACCACUGCUUCAAGUCUCAAUUUCACUUUUUUAUUUAUCCAGUUCCAUCUACAUAUCUGUCGUCUAAAUAAAUAGCUUUCAAACAAAGCAACUGGGUCAUUAAAACCAGCUCAAAGGAAAACAAAACAAAAACAACCCAUCUUUGGGGGCUAAAUUUUAUUUAAGUGCUAUUUUAAAAGGACCCAAAGUGACGUAGCGGUACAUCUGACUGCCUGACGUGGGCUGGCUGCCACUUAGGGCAGAGUCCACACCUGGAGGCAAACGCACAGGCAAAGAGGGCAUUUGACAGACUUCCCUUCGCGUUUCGUCGUCUCACCUUGACCCUCAGUCAAGAUGGAUAAAGCAUCAGACCCUGGGUUCCGUGAGGCCACGUAAGAAAGCUGGCUUUCCUGUGCUAGAUAAUGGAAAAGGGGAACAGAGAAUGACUGCUCAGUCAUUUUCACCAGGGAAUGCCGACCUUUCACAUACAUGGAGGCGACCUGCUGAAAAUCGCUGAGAGACAAGAUUUCCCAGAUCUGAGUUGAAGAAUUUAGCGAUGAGGAAAGGAGUCGGAGUGGACAAAAGAAAGGCAGAGAGGAGAGGCAGAACUAAAAAUACAAGGAGAGGAAGAAGAGGGUUAGAGCAGGAAGCAUCAGCGGUGGAGGUCUUGGAGAUCCUGCGGCCACCGAAAAAGUCUCAGAGACAAGAGAGCUUUUGUCUCCUUCCUAACAGGUCACAAAAGAAGGCUUCUCCUUUCUUGCAGCCGGUACUCACAUAGGAGCCCAGUAUUGCAAGGAGUGGACGGAUGUUCUGGGCCAGGUCCUUCCAGAGCAAGGAUCAGCAAACCUUUUCUAUAAAGGGCCAGAUAGCAAAUACGCUAUUUUCAGUCUGAUGGUCUGUGUGGUUUCUGUUGCAACUACUCAACCCACCCUUUGUAGCAUAAAAGCAGACCUACACAGACAACACGUAACGAAUAGGCUUGGCUCCACUCACUUAAAAUUGUAUUUAACAGGCGCCCAGCUGGAUUUGGCUCUUGGGCCUGAGUUUGCUGACUGCUGUUCGAGUGACUGGGCAAAAAAGUAUGCAUUCUCCAUUUAUAUCAGCUCUUAGCGCUCCCUCAGAGCAGCCCGAGGCCAGAGAUAAAGCAGCUAAAUUUAUCUGCUGGAAAAUGAUUUGUUCCACCGAAUGCCCUUACCCAAAGCACAGCUAGUGUUUAUACACCCCAAAUCCCAUCUCAUUGCUGCCAGGACAUGGUGCUGGAGCGUCCUUCCCCCCACCUUUCAUGAUCCGUGUUGCAAAGGAACCAUUUGGGUGUUGGGGGAGGGGGCUGGAAGGCUGGGAGAAGCACCUAGAAAGAGCUGGAGCUGCAGAAGGCAGGGGAGGAGGACCGGUGUGUCUGGCUCUGCCAUGGGAACCGAACACAAGCCCUGGCUGUCUCAAGCCACGCAGCACGUGGACUGUUUUCCUUCCAUCACUCAAAAGCUGAAGCAAUAACAUUCUCUCGCGUUGCUGGGUCAGCUGCUCACUUGUUCACCAGCUCCUGGGCUGGAGGGACGCGAGGCAUCACUUUUAUACUUUCCUCACUGUGGAUGUUCUGCAUGUUCGCCUACUGAUGUCCCAUUUGUUGCUUCUAUUGUAAAUAUUUGUCAUUUGUAUUUAUGAUCUCAGUGUUUUUUUUCCCCCGAAGCGUAAAAUGGCUUAGUCUGUUGAUUUGAACCUCUUCCCUGAUCUCAGUUGUAAUAUUUCUCAUGCCACUGGUUUGUUUCUUCUCCCAAGUCAGGUAGAAAGCAUUGCAUUCUGUUUCCUUUGGUUUGAAGCAUCCAGUAGUAUUUAUUGCUAAGAUUCUUCUGCUCAAAACUGAGGAAAGUCUGAAUUCCUCUCAGCGUUGACAGAGGCAUUUGUACCAUCUAAAAAGUAAGCAGAGUCGUCCUUAAAAACAGACCCUCAACUUGGGCUUCAUAGCUUCAUCCAAAUUUACUCAUGAGCCUUCCUUUGAGGAAGGAUGUGGAUUUCCAAAUAAAGAUACGAUGUUUAUUUUGAGCUUUGCAUCUUAACAAGAUGAUCCAAACACCUCUCCUUUGUAUCAAUAAAUAGCCCUGUUAUUCUGAAAUGAGAGGCCUGAGUGGAAUGAAAUGCCGACACUCAAAACUAAAUAAAUAGAAAACACCAGCCCAGAGCUGUGCUCACACUUUGACACACACAGAGAGAGAGAGAGAGAGAGAGAGAGAGAGAAAUUUAAACUUGAACCAAGCAAGGGAAAGGCUUCACUACACCAGCAUGGAAAACAAUGUGUCCCGGGCCCAUUUCCUAAGGAAGAACAACCCUCGUGUGAUCUCAGAGCUGGCACCACGUGAGCUUGCUAAGCCAGAAUAUCUGUUUCUGUUAUGGAUUUAGCCAGAAGGACCUGUACGUUGUCACAUGGCAUUCUCUUUUUCCAAGCAUUAAUAAAGGUUUUAAAUAAUUGA